ACCUAAAUUAAAUUGUUUUUUUCAUAAAAAGAUGUGUCGGUUGUGGGGCAGAAUCCGAUAUGGUGUUCAUUGGGAUAGAAAAGAGCAAACUGAAUUAGCGGUAAAAGCUUUAAAUCUUCGAAAAGUUCUUUCUGUUCAACUUUCUAUGGAUCCUUUUUCUGGGGACAGCACUGCGUUGAGACAGUUAUGGUGCAAACUCUCGGCACCAAAGGUUCGGGCAACGAAUCCGAGAGUGCGUAUUACUCACGAAUUGCGUGAUGACGGCAAGCCACCUCACUUUCUCAUGCAUCUUGAUGAUGGCAAAAAAUUAAUGUUCAAAACAGAUGGUUUUCACGUUGCUGACCUUAUCAUGCGACUUAAUCGUCUACUUGGAAAUCCUGAAUUGGCUCCGAAAGGAAUUCCUUUUGAAGAGGACGAGGAUGUACCGGAUACCGAACUUGAGGACUGGCUUAGGAAUCGCAGUCUGAAGAAAACUCCAUCAGAUUUUCUCAUCUGA